AUGUUGAAGAUUUGGUCCAUGGUAGGUUCCCAAGGCCUUGGGAGGCCGAUGCCGAAGAAGGAGCAGCAAAAGGCCGAAAAUGCCGAAGGCGCUGCGGCGGGCGGCAAGAAGAAGAAGGUCACGGCCGCCCAGCUGCGGGUACAAAGGGACCUGUCGGAACUCUCGCUGGGCUCGACCAUGCGCAUCGACUUCCCAGACCCGGACGACAUUCUCAACUUUACUCUGGUCAUUGAGCCUGACGAGGGCAUGUACCGCGGCGGCCACUUCACCUUCAAGUUCCACAUCAACGCCAACUUCCCGCACGACCCGCCCAAGGUCGAGUGCCAGCAAAAGAUCUACCAUCCCAACAUUGACCUGGAGGGCAAGGUGUGCCUCAACAUCUUGCGGGAGGACUGGAAGCCCGUGCUGAACCUGAACGCGGUCAUUGUGGGCCUGCAGUUCCUGUUCCUCGAGCCCAACGCGUCCGAUCCGCUCAACAAGGACGCGGCCGAGGACCUGCGCGCACACCGGGAAAUGUUCCGGCGCAAUGUGCGGGUGGCGAUGACGGGCGGUUCGGUGCGCGGCGAGCCGUUUGACAAGGUGAUGCUUCCUGGAAAAUAG